AUGGGAGUGACUGAAGAAGAGGCCAACGAAGUUCAAAAAGAUGCAAUACCUGACAUGAGAAUACUUGGCUUCAAGGACGAGGAGAAAAGGCUUAGGCUAAAGAAGUUCUCCACCACUUUGAUAGGUAUAAACAUACCUACUACAGAAAGAGAUACAAGGGAGAGAAGUCAGCACAUGAGGGAAGAGUUGUUGCAGAGGAUUUGA